GCUGCUCUGGAGGAGAUGGAGGAGGAAGUCAGCGGUGGAUUUGACAACUGUUGCUUUCGUCGCUGCUGCGGAACCCAACUGCCGUUCGGCCGGCGCUGCGUGGCGCACGCCGGGCUAGAAUGAAGUCUAUUCCCGGGCGAGACAUUCAGUCUGGAUCAGUGUGCAAGUUGGUGGGAAUACACAAACUCCUGCGUGUUUAAGGUUUCACCGACGCUUCAGACUUUGCUGGGGGCGCAUGUCUGCAGCAGCGGCGGCGGCAGCAGCAGCAACAGACGAUGGAGCGUCUGUGUGAUGAAUGGAAAAGCCAGACGGGGCUCUGCCUGUAGACUGCAGUGAUCGGAUAACCUGUUGAAUUUCAGCUGUCAGUCAGCGCCGAGCCGUGCGACAGACACAGACCGCAGCAAAGCCAGGAGUGUGAUAUCACUGGACGGAAUAGGUCAUUUUGACUUUUUCGUUUCUUGAAAGGGAGGUGGAGAGAACUCAACCACCCCCCCUCCCUCCCUCCCUUCGUCCUGGACUGAAAGCCCCGACUCUCUUCGCACAGGGGAGACACUUGAAGGACUCCUUAAGCACUUGAGAUGGAGGCUCCCGAUGGCCACUGUGCAAGUAACGGCCAAUGCUCUCCUCGUAAGGAAAACGCAAGAGUUUUAGUGGACAUGUCAACACCUAAUGGAGAGACAGUUCAUCGGGGUCCCAAUUCCCCCUGUGAACUGUCGAUUAAGCAAGAGGAAGACACAGCGGAGGAAACUGACGACAGAAGCCCGGCACUUGAAGAAAUAAGCCAAACGGGGGAUGAAGUAGUCGUAUUGGAGGAAUCCAUGAGCGGCAGUCCGAGCAACGCCCAGGACGGAUUAUCCGAGCUGAACACGACGGCGGAUUCAGGAGGUCGGCAACCAAAUGGUGAGAGGCCAUUCCAGUGCAAACAGUGUGGUGUCUCGUUCACUCAGAAGGGAAACCUGCUGCGACACAUCAAGCUGCACACGGGCGAAAAGCCGUUCAAAUGCCCCUUCUGCAGCUACGCCUGCCGGCGGCGCGAUGCCCUCACUGGUCAUUUGCGAACUCACGCUGUUGGCAAGCCGCACAAGUGUAGCUACUGUGGGAGGAGCUACAAGCAGCGCACGUCUCUGGAGGAGCACAAAGAGAGAUGCCACAGUUACCUGCAAGGUAUCGGCCUGGAUCCCACUGCCCACACCGGCCCUUACACAGUUGAAGGUCCUAAAGAGCCAAGGGCCAUGGCAGAGGCAAACGCCAUGGCAGCGUUCGAUAGGCCGCCCGUUAUUGAGAGGCUGCACAGCAACGUGGGCAAGAGGAAGAGCACCACGCCUCAGAAGUUUGUGGGUGAAAAGAUGGUUCGCUACAGCUACCCUGAUAUUGGCUAUGAGAUGGGCAUUAAGUAUGAAAAGCAGAAUGAGCUGAUACCAGCCCACAUGAUGGACCAGGCCAUCAGCAAUGCCAUCACAUACCUAGGAUCGGACAGCCUUCGGCCCAUGCUCCACCAUACGGGGCCCCCUCUCUCUAUGGCUGACGUGGUGCCCAUGGUCAACCCCCUCUACCACCAUGUCCUGCCAAUGGGCCAGCGAACAGAGCAUCCGGGAAACUUUGAUUCGAUGCCACCACAUCGGCCUCAGUCCCGUAACUUCCCCAGCCACCCCACCUCAAACGGCCCCACCGCCCUAACCAGGCAGGACAAGCCCCCCCAGUCGGGGCACGAGGAAUCGCCCAGCAACAGCGGAGCGGACUCUGCCGACUCGGCUCGGAGCAGCCCUCAGGAGAGGCAGGCCUACCACGGGGCCCCCCCCCCUCCCGGCCUCAGGUCUCGGGCGAGUCCCGCGGUGAUCUGCUCCGGUGAGCGGGUGACGGAGCCAGCGCUGAGAGGGGGGAUGGGGGGGACCGGGCAGAUGCGAGUGGCCGCGGAGAGGCCCGUGAGCCAGAGGGGGGUGCGGGUGUUUGCUCGAGAGGGGCAGGAGCUGCGGGCCUUCCAGUGCCGGCACUGCCAGGUGCUGUUCCUGGACCACGUCAUGUACACCAUCCACAUGGGUUGCCACGGCUACAGGGAUCCACUGGAGUGCAACAUCUGCGGCCACCGCAGCAAAGAUCGCUACGAGUUCUCAUCUCACAUCGUCCGUGGUGAACACACCUUCCACUGAAAGGAUGCGUGGGCGUCAAGAGGACGACAAAGAAGGGAAAGGAGCAAUAGCCUGGUGUCCAUUCUUCUCCCCCGACCUCUGAGACUGCACAGCUGAAGAGCACUGUGUACAAGUGUAGCACAAUCAAAGACUUUUUUUUAAAGCUACUUAUUGUGAAUCAAUCAUAUGAAGGUAUGGGCCAAAGACACAUUUUCUACAUAUUUAAUUGAUGAUUAAAUAUAGAAGAAGGAAGGUAAGUUCGUGUAUUUUGUAUAAAGCAGCUGUCAAGAUGACUUUGACUAUUUUUUUCCUCUUCUUCUUUGUCUAAUGUUGCCUUAUUUGGAAAUGUCUCCUUUUCUCCUUGUUCCUUCAUCACCUCGUGGGCUUCAUGUGGUGGAUGAGAUUAAAGUUUUAGUUCAUAAAUAAUAAUAAUAAUAAUAAUAACAACGGUAGUUAUUAUUAAUACUAUUAUUAUAUUGGAUUGGGCAACUUUUUGUGGGGUAUUUUACAGCCUCUGUGUAGUUUUUCUUUUUUUUGUCUAUGACAUCGCUUUGGACCAGUAAUGUUUUUCUCUUUAAACAUCAAUGUGAUGGUUUGGAGAUCUGCUGCUGUGUUUUCUAACUACAAGCAGUUGUGGGCGACCAAUUGAAACGAACAGCUCAGAGAAGUCUGAGGCUUCAGGUGAAAUCUAUGAGAAGUGUUGGUACGAGUAGCAAAUGAAGAAACACACUCAGAAAGUAGUUUUCCAUCAACAAUCUACAAUUUGUAUAUACAUUUAUUUACCUACUGCUAGAUAUUAUCAGUGCAUAUUUGAUCUUAUUUGUGAAUUUGAAGCUGAAGUCAAGAAAGCCACAACUACCUCUCAGCAACCACUUUGAGAUGUGAAGAUGAUGGGAGAGCCUUCAUUGAUACAUUUUUACAUCUCGACUUAAGUACUUUAGUGUACAUUAGGGUUUUUUCAAUCACAAAUCAGGCAAAGAAAUAUAUUUUUCAAUUUUCACUGGCUGGUACAAAGGCUUUUUUGCCACUAAUAUCAACCUUGACUUUAAACAUGAGGCUUUUUCUCUUGGAAAUUAUUUAGAUUUUGUGUGUUGUAUUGAAUGUAGUCAAAUACAAUAGACAACUUUCUAAAUAAAUCCAAGGUUUAAAAGAAAUUCAUGUUUAAAAUAUUUCAAUAAUCUCACAAAAAGGUUGAUUGUCAUAUAUUUGUAAAUCAAAUAUUUUUCACUCAUGAGACUAAAUUUAAUUCUUCUAUUACGACUUAUUUCCCUCUACAGUAUUCAUCCUUUAAUCAGUUUGCACUUAAAAGGUUGAAUUGUUAAUGAAGAAGCAAAACCCCAUUGAAAGGAUAGAACACAAAGGGCUGUGUUGCUUGCAGUGUUGGGAACCAGCUAAAUCGUUGAACUUUGAGUAUCCCAGUUCAUUUGAAAGUGGCAGCUGGUGGGGGGGAGGGUGUUUUAAAUAACAGUUUUCUUUUGAUAACUUUAUGAUGGUCUCUGGGAAUGGAAACAACUUAAAGGUACCUCACUUUAUGCCAUAGGUCUGUCUCUUUAAUGUUGUCCACUUUGUUGUAAGCUGGACUGGUUUGUGUGUGCGCUUUUUUCCGGGUGUUGGGUAUAGAAACGGGCUCGGUUUGGCCUUCUUUUUGUCAUUUUCUACUACGUGAAAUACCUGCUUGUGUGUGUGGUGUGAACGCCGUCUCUCAUCCUAUUUGUACCUCAAGACAAACACAGCAAAACAUCACAGACCUACUUUGUCCCUUGGCUCCUUAAAAUGUUGCCUUGCACAGCUCGAACUGAGGCUGAAGGCUUAUAAUGUAUCGAAGGAAGCGGGAGAGUUCUUCAUGUGUAUUUGCAUGAUACUGGUUUUGAUAUCAACAUGCUCUUGUUUGGCUGCUCAUUCUCCGCUCGUCACAGAACACUUGAACUUUCCCUCACUCUUUGAAUCUUGCUCUUUUCGCAAUGCUGCCACAUUAACGUACGACCUUUAACAGGCGGCACGAUCGAGAGGAAUUGUGAGCCACCGCAUAGUUCUAUUCUAAAGGCACUUCCGAAAAAACUUUAGCAUACCUAGUCACCUCUGUGAACCUGAUCAAACAUUAAAAGCUUGUGAGUGUGACAAGGAAAUGGCGAGUGGGGGGGGGGGUUUCAUAUUGUCCAGUCGUUCUGCUGUAUGUUGAAGUAUUCGGAUUUGGACCACAGGGUCAGUUGCAGCUCCACCACAGUUACCAGCUCUCCCAUUGAAGGGACUGGGACGUGGCUGUGCUUCGUGGACCAUGCACUUUAUGUCACAUUGAAGUGUAGGUUGAGUGGAGAACCGUCCCCCCCGAUAGAACACACACAGCUCCUUUGUUUUAAAAAGAACAAUAUUGAGGUUGCACAUUGGGAAAUAAGACACCACACGGGCUUUGCUUGGCUGUCUGCUGAAGGCGUUCUCUUUGAUCCUCCCGUCGGGUCCCCAUCGAGGUUUGACCUUAUUCGUUUGACACUGGUCGCUUUUUAAACACGACACACACUUUCUGACUCCUUAGCGUUAAACUCAGUGAUCCACUUGUCGACGUUCGAUUCCUACCUUUGAUCAGAAGGCAGCUUUUUCUCUGUUUACAUUUUUGCUUGUCUUUUGCGCGAAUGGUGCCCAGCUGGCAUAAAAUACGUGCUGCCUGUAUCGGCACUGGAAAUUGUUUACAACUCGCAGCUGUAAUAUUGACUCCAUACAUUCGUCUACUAUAUUAAUGAUGUAUGAAUCAAUCAAACAAAAGAUGUAUAAAAUGUCUUUUGAAUUAUCCAAAGGUAAAACAAAGGGAUUCAAAUUUUCUAUUUAUAAUGAUUUACUCAUUGAGCCCUCAUGUCCUAUGAAUGUGGGCGUUAUCACCCUAAUUUUUCAUUUAAAUUGUACAUUAAAUAUUUCCCCCCCCCCUGUUCAUGUUGUUAUCAGACAUCCUUUGCAGCCAUAUGAACAAAAACAAGUUUAAAAAAAAAGAAGGUCUUCUGUCAGCUCUCCUUGUCAGUGAGGAGUUUACUUGAAAAUCUAAAAGAUUGGUGUCGCUUCACACGGCGGGGGAUGUUUUCCUUUUGUACAUUUUGAAAGUGAAUGUGCUAAAUGUCUAUUUUUCUGCUGAAAUGUUCAUACAAAUGGAAAAACUUUGUGUGUUUUUUUAAGUUGAAAAAUGUUUACAACAAUGUAAAAGGCAGGGUUCAGGUAUAUUGUAUUUUUUAAGAAAUAAUAUAUGGCCGGUGUAUAUUUUGGCACUGAACAUUGACUUUAUCAAAAAAAGCGUGCCGAUUGAUCAUCUCGGAUGUUGACGACAAUUUACUGAUGUGAGGGCUCUCAGGUAUUUGCAUAGGUUGUGUAUUUCCAUGUCCUACAAUAUGUGAUUUAUUUAUCAAAAAAGUUGCAAAUGAAUUCAAAUUCUUUGAUCAUUUCUCUUGACUUAAAUCAGUCCAGUACUGAAUGUGGUGAAGGACGUUGGAGGAUUGUUCAGCCCCUGUUUUUUUUUGUUUUUUUUUUCAUCAUCAGUAACAGUACAUGAAGACACACUGCAGUGAAGAAUACAAUGUAUAUUUUGGAGGCAUGGGUUUCUCUCUAUUAAAGACAUGAUUUUACUUCUUUUCCUGUUUUGUGAAUUUUGAAACAGGAAGUGAGACAUAUUGUUGUAUAGUUUUCUUCAGAACAUGCAAACUGUAUCUUACUUGCAAUUAAAAGAUUUUAUUGUGGAAAAAAA